AGGCGGGCUGCGUGACGGGGAGAUUGAGGGAGAACUUUUAUAUUUCGUGAACCGCUGUUGUUCACACCAGACGCGGACGGCAACUGCUGCUGAUUUGCUGAAGUGAAUACACACCACAAGAUAAAAAUGAGACCGAUACCCUCGAGCAGCUGGUUUCUGGCGGCGGUCGUGAUCAUGUUCUUGAUCUUGGCUUUCUCCCUCGACAUGAUGCCCAGAGGAGUCCAGCUCCCCUCGAGGAAAAGCUUGGAGGCUUUAAUGGACUCGAGUGAGUCGUCGACGUCAGCGCCAUCAUCGUCGUCGUCAUCUGAGGAUGGAAUUUUCCCUAGAAUAGACGAGCUCGAGCAGCGGAUCAGAGUGGCAUACAACUACAUUUUCCUUCUGUACUGUGCAGCAGAGGGCAGAGUGAUGCCCACAGGCGGGUACUGCCUCAACGAACAAGACAUCCUAGACAAGUGGAACCCCACAUGGGACGGAAGGAUGUGCAACUCACUAGAGAAAGUGAUCCAGCACCAUGACAUUUUGGAUCUGGGUGCUGGAAGAGGCCACUAUGGCCGUUGCUUCCUGAGAGUCAAAAACAACAUUAUCAAGACCAAGAAUAAGGCUGAGAUUGAACGUAUGGACAAAGAGUACGCCCGUGAGAUGGAAAGAGGCGGCCUAACGGAUAAACCCCAGGUGGUCAAGUCUUGGACAGGCUACGACGGCGCCCUGAAUAUCGAGGAUCUCUCAGGCGGCUUCAUGCGCUACGGGGACCUGUCGCAGCCGAUGCACCUGGGCAAGAAGUACGACUGGGUGAUGAGUCUUGAGGUGGCUGAGCACGUCCCGAAGAAGUACGAAGCUAAUUUCGUCGAGAAUCUGAUCAGGCAUGCAUGCAAAGGUAUAAUCUUGAGCUGGGCAGUACCAGGUCAGCCCGGCCACCACCAUGUCAACUGCAAGCCAAUGUCAUACGUCAAGAAAUUGUUUGAGUCACGUGGUUUCAUAUCAAACAGCACGGCCCAUAAUAUCUUACGGACGCAUUCUCGUUUACACCAGUACAAGCAUGCCUUCGUCUUUAUGGUUCCCCCCGAGAGGGCCUGUUAACACCGAAAGAGGUCAAAAUGCCUCUUUGCAACUUCAUGAAAAGGGUGUUCUACUGUUGCACUCGAUGACAUUCUUCGCAUCGGAUCUUCAGAUACCGAAGUAGACGGAACUUGAAGAAAAAAUAACCAUAAGACCAUGGUUCUCUCUAACAGUAGAUGAGCUUCAGUUGGGUAGUACUUAGAAGCACGGGUAUUUUAUGAACAGUCAUGGCCUAUGUUUAAUUUUUUGCGUCUCCUGUAGUUUGAAUUGGAAUCCUUGCGCGCCAGAACUAGGCCUAUACCCGGUCUACUUCAGUGCCGUUUUUAAUUAUUCAAUAAUUUGUUUCGGAAAACAUGCCACCAUUA